AUGACCACCCACGUCACGCUAGAGGAUGCCUUGUCCAACGUGGACUUGCUGGAGGAGCUGCCUCUGCCAGACCAGCAGCCAUGCAUCGAACCGCCUCCGUCCUCCAUCAUGUACCAGGCUAACUUUGACACAAACUUUGAAGACAGAAAUGCCUUUGUGACUGGCAUUGCCAGGUACAUCGAGCAGGCAACAGUGCACUCCAGCAUGAAUGAAAUGCUGGAAGAAGGCCACGAGUACGCUGUGAUGCUUUACACGUGGAGGAGCUGCUCACGAGCCAUCCCCCAGGUGAAAUGUAACGAACAGCCAAACCGAGUGGAGAUUUAUGAGAAGACGGUGGAAGUCCUGGAGCCAGAAGUCACCAAGCUUAUGAAGUUCAUGUAUUUUCAGCGCAAGGCUAUCGAGCGGUUCUGCAGCGAGGUGAAGCGCCUGUGCCAUGCUGAGCGGAGGAAGGACUUCGUCUCCGAGGCCUAUCUCCUCACGCUGGGCAAGUUCAUUAACAUGUUCGCCGUCCUGGAUGAGCUGAAGAACAUGAAGUGCAGUGUCAAAAAUGACCACUCCGCCUACAAAAGAGCUGCCCAGUUUCUGCGGAAGAUGGCAGACCCCCAGUCCAUCCAGGAGUCCCAGAACCUCUCCAUGUUCCUGGCAAACCACAACCGCAUCACACAGUGUCUGCACCAACAACUAGAGGUUAUCCCUGGCUAUGAGGAAUUGCUGGCUGAUAUUGUCAACAUCUGCGUGGAUUACUAUGAAAACAAGAUGUAUCUCACUCCCAGUGAGAAACAUAUGCUCUUAAAGGUGAUGGGGUUUGGCCUGUAUCUCAUGGAUGGGAAUGUCAGCAACAUUUACAAGUUGGACGCCAAGAAGAGAAUCAACCUUAGCAAAAUAGACAAAUUCUUCAAGCAGCUGCAGGUGGUUCCUUUAUUCGGCGAUAUGCAGAUAGAACUGGCCAGAUACAUUAAGACCAGUGCUCACUAUGAGGAGAACAAAUCCAAGUGGACGUGCACUCAGAGCAGCAUAAGUCCCCAGUACAACAUCUGUGAACAGAUGGUCCAGAUCCGAGAUGACCACAUCCGCUUCAUCUCAGAGCUUGCUCGCUACAGCAACAGCGAGGUAAGCUCAGCGGGUAGCCACCAUAAUCAGGCUCGAUAGACGAACGAGGCUGGGAGAGGACAG